GUAUAGAGAGAUUAAGAGAGAUGGCUAAUAAUAAUAAUGUUGGUUCAGGAAAUGGAGGAUUUCAUAACUAUCGCAGAUCCCCGCAACCAACCCUUGCUCGUUCCCCUUCCUCUGAUAUUGAGAGAAGCGUGGAACUGCCUUCUCAUCUCAACCAGGAAAUUGCUGCCAAUGAAGAAGAUUCUGAAUGCACCAUCCGGGAGCAAGACCGAUUUAUGCCAAUAGCCAACGUGGUCAGAAACAUGCGCAAGAUCCUUCCUCCCAAUGCCAAGAUAGCUGAUGAAUCCAAACUGGUCAUCCAAGAAUGUGUCUCUGAGUUCAUAAGCUUUGUAACAGGCGAAGCUAACGAUCGUUGCAAGCUUGAGAAGCGCAAGACAAUCACUGCUGAAGACUUGCUUUGGGCCAUGAACUCACUUGGUUUUGAUAAUUACGUUGAACCCUUGACUUUGUACUUGCAGCGUUAUCGUGAGCUUGAUGGUGGUGAGCGUGGAUCCCUGAGAGUAGAUCAUUUUCCGUUGAAGCGCCCAACGGUUAAUCCAGCUUCAGGCUACAACCUCAUGCCCAAUCACCUGCCUCCUAAUUUUCCAAUGGCUAAUCACAAUGGUUAUUAUGUGUAUCCACCACCAAUGGACAACAGUUAUAGGCAGGGGGAUGCAUCAAGUGGAAGCACUUCUCAUGAGUGUGCAGUGGCUGCUGUGGAUGGUGACGUUGAGUCUCCUGCGGAAAAGAGUGAGGAGUGAUCAGUUUCUGAUCUGCCGAAGGAAUUGAGCCUUACCUGAAGAUUAGUGAAAAAAGUAGACUAUCUUUCUCUGUUACAUAAUUUGGACCUGUUGACAAUCAAGUAUAGUUCUUUGUGAAGUUUAGGAAUGUUCCUUCGAACUAAGCGAGCCAAAUGGUGGCCCUCUUAAUUAACUGUUUAAUUUGUAAA